CUCAGAGUGGGAAUUACUUCGAUGACAUGGACUACACUCGGAAUUUAACCGAUGAGCAAAGGUUGUUCCGGAAACUACUGUUAGGAUACGACAAGAACACAAGGCCAGUUUUCAACGCUUCGGACCCAGUCACGAUAUUUCUAGGAAUCACACUCACACAGAUAUUUGACUUGGAUGAAAAGAAUAUCGAGGUGAGCGUGGAAGACUACACAGACGGCUACAUGCAGUCCCUGGCUAUGGUGUCCCAUGACGGCACCGUCUUCUGGCCUCCCAUUGUCAAGUUCCAGAGCACCUGCCAAAUCGACAUUACUUACUUCCCCUUCGAUGAUCAGAUCUGUAAUAUGAAACUUGGCUCUUGGGCUUAUGAUGGCUUCCAGGUCGAUGUCAAUAACAGAUCUGUUCCCGUAGACCUCAGCAACUACGUCAGCAACGGCGAGUGGCACUUGGUUAGCGUGACAGCCAAGAGAAACGUGGUUUACUAUCCGUGCUGCCCAGAGCCCUUUCCUGACGUGAUCUUCACAAUCCACCUGCAGCGUCGCACGCUGUACUAUACGUACAACGUCAUCAUCCCUUGUGUAAUGCUGUCCUCACUCACGCUCCUCGUGUUUUGGAUGAGUCCAGACUCAGGAGAGAAAGUCACUCUCGGGCUUACUGUGCUGCUUGCGUUUUCAGUCUUCAUGUUGCUGAUAGCUGAGAACAUGCCCGCGACUUCGAACUUUGUUCCUCUCAUUGGUAUGUACCUGACGUCGGUCAUGGGCAUCACCUCGAUGUCUGUCAUGCUUGCGGUUCUUGUGUCCAACAUCAGCUACAAAGGCCAGCAUCAGAUUCCUCUUCCACGGCUGAUGCGUUAUUUUAUUGUCGGCCUCGCACGUAUUAUGUGCACCAAGCUGUACUACAUCUCGCCACCUAACAAAACAGGCGGACGUGUCCUGUCCCCCGCCAGGAACAGAAGGAAUUUUUACCGCGUUGGCAACGGGACUCACGUGUCCAACGACUCUGGUUGCGCGCUCGUCGAAUACGAACUGGGAGACACACUUGGGGUGAAUCUCGAGAAUCUGCGACUUCCGUCCUCGGUUCGACAUCAGCAGGCUCCGGCGUCUGUGAGAAGUCGGAGCGGUGAGAGGAUCAAAGAGGACGACAUUGAUUUGAUUUUGUCCCUUCUCAAGAAACUUCUCGUUCGGGAAAGCGAGAGGGAAGAGGAAGAUGACUUGAACAAACAGUGGGAGGAGGCGGCGAGGGUUAUUGACAGGUUCCUCUUUUACAUUUUCUUUUUACUGACUAUUCUGGCAACGAUUGUCACUUUGGUCAUCAUGCCCCUCACAAAACCUGAGAAACCAACAGUUCUUACGUAGUGCACAAAGAGAAGGCAUUUCUGAAAGGCCAAAAAGUCACCAUUGUUCCCCAGACGCCUAUAGAGUCAUGCUGACAUAUUAACUGUUUCAUUACGUCAACAAGUCAUAACUUCCCAGUG